AUGGCCUCUGAGACAAAGUCUGAGGAGGAAGCAGGCAAGGCAAAGAAGAAAGGUGAAUUUUCAAGAGUGGUGAGGAAGUCGCAACUUGGUGGAGCCCAUGAAAGCAAGAAGGAAAAAUAUGAUCCUACCCCUGUUGGAAGACCUCAGAUGGAAAGAAAGGUUAAAACUAAACCCGAGUCUAGUGUUAAGCAAGUGGUGGCGGGACCAAGCCGGGAGGAGGGCGGAGCCAGGGCUAGUGGCGGGGAGGCUAGGGGCCAUUUGGUGGUGAGGAGGCGGUCGCAGGGGAGCAGCAGAGGGUCGGGGAGGCCGGGGGCUGGUAGGCAGCGAGGAGGCGGCCGCAGGGGAGUAGCGGAGGGCCAGGGGCCAGCAGGCGGCAGGGAGGCUGUGGGCCCGCUGGCGACGGGGAGGCCGGGGGCCGGGAGGCGACAAGGAGGUAGUAGUAAGGGAGCCAGUGGUGGUGGGGCUACAGGGAGGCCAAAGUAG